UCAAAGUAGAAAUGUCAAUGUGUUGUCGGCGACUAGGAAACCACCAUCAGUCUGUGAUUGGUAUCAAAGUCCUAUCAAUCUAGAUAAACCAUUGAUUCACGCAUAAUUUAUUCAUUUUUGAAGAAGAUUAACGCAGUUUACGCAGUUUAACUAAUUUUCGAAGAGAAUAGACAACAUAGGACAUUUGAUUAUUAUUGACAGUUUCAUUCAACAUCAAAUAAAAGCUUGAAAAGUUUCGUGUUAUGAUGCAGUCGAAGCCGAUUACAUUCAUUACCGGAAAUCAUCAGAAAUUAGAGGAGGUCAUUGAAAUAUUGGGCAAAGAGUUUCCACGUGAAUUGGUUUCAAUGAAUUUCGAUUUGUCGGACUGCCAAGGUGAAAUGAAUGAAAUCAGCAUCAAGAAGUGUCAAGAGGCUGCAAAGCAUGUUCAAGGGCCCGUCAUCGUUGAAGAUAUAUGCUUGUGUUUCAAUGCACUCGGCGGAAUGCCCGGUCCAUACAUAAAGUGGUUUUACGACAAGAUUGGUGUGGAUGGGCUAUACAAAAUGUUGGUUGGAUUUGAGGAUAAAUCCGCUACAGUUAUUUGCACCCUUGCUUACAGUUCGGGCGAAAAUGAGGAAGUGUUACUAUUCCAAGGAAAGACUGAAGGCACAAUCGUUGACCCACGCGGACCACGACACCACGGAUUUGAUGCAUGUUUCCAGCCAAAUGGAUUUCAAAAAACUUACGCUGAAUUAUCCAAAGAAACCAAGAACAGCAUCUCUCAUCGUUUCAAAGCAGUCGAUGCGCUAAAACAUUACUUUAUGAAUGCAAAUGGAAUCGCAUAAACAUUUGAAUAAAAUUCAAAGAAUCGAACUGAAUACAACGAC